ACGGUCUCGCAAGAUGAGACUUGUGACGUUGCGCUUAUAUGUCUGCCAGAAGCCAAGGAGCUGGGCAUUAAAGUGGUUGCGGGACUUUUAAGCAAACGACCCUGGACUGUGGCUCUGUUAAGAAAACCGUGACUGUCUGGCGCUAUGGAGGCCGGUUUUACAAAGCAGACGACGAGCUGGCAGUCCCAAAGCAUGAGCUAACUGGGAAGGAACAUUAGAAAAAGCAAUGUUCGGGAGGUCGAAAAGCUGGGUGAGCGGUGGCUCUAGUCGCUCGUCUAGUCUCCACUCAUUGGAAAGGCUCAAGUAUAUGUAUCAUGUUCUAACAAAGAAUACUACUGUCACUGACCUCAAUCGCAAUUUGUUAGUGGAGACGAUCCGGUCUAUCACUGAGAUUCUUCUGUGGGGUGAUCAGAAUGACAGCUCUGUAUUUGACUUCUUUUUGGAAAAGAACAUGUUUGUCUUCUUCUUGAAUAUAUUACGGCAGAAGUCAGGUCGAUAUGUCUGUGGGCAACUUCUUCAGUCGCUGAACAUGUUAUUCGAGAAUAUAAAUCACGAGACUUCGUUGUACUAUCUACUGUCUAAUAACCACGUGAACUCAAUCAUCGUCCACAAAUUUGACUUUUCUGAUGAAGAGAUUAUGGGUUAUUAUAUUUGCUUUCUAAAAACCCUUUCUGUGAAACUUAAAAAUCACACAGUCCAUUUCUUUUACAAUGAGCACACCAAUGAUUUUGCUCUGUAUACAGAGGCCAUUAAAUUUUUCAACCAUCCAGAGCGUAUGGUCAGAAUUGCAGUGCGUAACAUUACAUUAAAUAUAUACAAAGUGUCAUUCAACAACCAGCCAAUGCUGCACUAUAUUAGAGAUAAAACGGCUGUGCCCUAUUUUUCCAAUCUGGUCUGGUUCAUUGGAAUACAUGUCAUUGAGCUUGACAAGUGUGUGCAAACUGAUGAAGAACACAGAAACAGGGGUAAUCUAAACAAUCAGGUAUCACAGCACUUGGACCAUCUGAACUACCUAAAUGAUAUCCUCAUAAUCAACUGCGAGUUCCUCAAUGAUGUCCUCACAGACCAUCUUCUUAACAGACUACUGCUUCCUCUUUAUGUAUACUCGCUGGUAACACAGGAUGAGCCUGGAGAUCGCCCAAGAAUAAGUCGGCAAGUGGCUCUAUAUUUGCUGUCACAGGUCUUUUUAACAAUCCACUAUGCACCUUUGGUCAACUCUCUAGCUGAUGUCAUAUUAAAUGGAGACCUGUCUGUGUUUUCAUCUAAAGCAGAACAUGAUAUUCAGCAAAGUUCUGGAGAGUCUAGUAUCCGAUGCUUUAUAAAACCACAAGAGACACUGGAAAAAUCCCUUGAAAUCCACCGUCAGAGGGGGAAAAAAUACUUGCAAAAGAGACCCAAUUACAAAAAUGUUGGGGAGGAGGACGAAGAGGACAAAGGGUCAGAAGAAAUAUCAGAAGAUCCAGACAAUGCUAAAGGUACAGAGAGUAGUUCAAAAGGAACCAAGACAAGUGGGGAAACUGAAGAAAUUGAGAUGGUGAUCAUGGAAAGAUCAAAAUCAGCAGAGAAAUCUGCUAUAACAGAAGAAAACACUACAGAUGAAGAAAAAAGUGCAGCUGCGUCUGGUGCUGAGGCUGGUCAGAACAGGCCAUUCCUAGAUAUGGUUUAUAGUAAUCUAGAAUGCACGGAAGAUGAUUACUAUACACUUUUUGUCUUGUGUCUUCUUUAUGCGAUGACCCAUAACACUGGUAUAAAUCCCAGCAUGUUGGAAAAGAUCCAGCUGUCUAUGCAGCCUGCACAGGAAAACCGCACUUACAACCAUGUGCUAGCUGAAAGGCUUAUCAGAAUAAUGAGCCAAGCAGCUCAGGCAGAUGGUAAAGUCCGGCUGGCCACCUUGGAACUUACAUGUAUUCUGCUAAAGCAUCUUGUUUUAAAUGACAAUGGCUGCAUUAUAAAAGAUGUUCAUCUUGCUUGUUUAGAGGGUGCAAGAGAAGAAAGCGUGCACUUACUGCGACAUUUUUAUAAAGGGGAGGAAAUCUUUCUGGAUAUGUUUGAAGAUGAAUACAGAAGUAUGACCAGCAAGCCUCUGAAUGUUGAAUACUUGAUGAUGGAUGAAUCUAUCUUGCUACCACCAACUGGAACACCCCUCACGGGCAUUGAUUUUGUGAAGCGCUUACCUUGUGGCGAUGUGGAAAGAACACGCAGAGCUAUACGUGUCUUUUUUAUGCUAAGGUCACUGUCAUUACAAUUACGGAAGGAAUUAGAAACCCAGUUACCAUUGACAAGGGAAGAGGAUCUCAUAAAGAUAGACGAUGUUUUAGACUUAAAUAACAGCGAUUUAAUUGCUUGCUCAGUGGUUACAAAGGAUGGAGGACAGGUGCAAAGGUUUCUAGCUGUGGAUAUCUAUCAGAUGAGUUUGGUACAACCGGACAGUAAAAGACUUGGCUGGGGAGUGGUGAAGUUUGCUGGACUGUUACAGGAUAUGCAAGUAACUGGAGUUGAGGAUGACAGCAGAGCCUUAAAUAUCACCAUACACAAACCAGCUUCUACUCCACAUUCCAAGCCAUUCCCCAUCCUCCAGGCAACAUUCAUCUUUUCUGAUCACAUUCGCUGUAUCAUAGCAAAGCAGCGGCUGGCAAAGGGUCGAAUACAGGCUCGCCGUAUGAAAAUGCAAAGAAUAUCUGCUCUUUUAGACCUACCUGUCCAACCGUCAACAGAAGUCAUGGGGUUUGGACACAGCUCAUCAGCAGCUGCUCAGCAUAUGCCGUUUCGGUUCUAUGAACCGUCACGACGUGCAUUGAGUGAUCUUGCCAUGCCGCGAACUGGCUUUGGCUCUGUCGACAAGGUGCCAGGCUUUGCAGUUGCACAAUGUGUAAACCAGCACAGCUCUUCUCCAGCAUCCUCACCAUCCCCUCCUUCCAGUGGCAGCUCCAGUGGAAGCACCGGUGUUUGUGAUUCUGUAACCACCAGCUUAACGUCCACUCCCUCCACACUGCACAGUCCAUCAGGUCUGGCAGGAAAGGAAGACGGCGAGUGUUUAGUCUGUCGGAGGCAGACAGUCACGGAGGACACUGGGUUUAGGUCAUCCAACGGCAGCUGCCUCAAUGAUGCGUCCGUUUGUGACCAGCCUCAGCUGACUUCAUGCAGCCAAGAAGAAGGUGCUGAUGAGGCUCAGGCAGCAGUCUCUAAACCCCGGAAAACUUCUUUAAACACUGAAAAAACUAACUUGGCUCCCAGUCUGACUCCAGCACCCCAACCAACUAUUUCUUUAAUAUCUGACGAAAAUGCUGAUGCGUUGAGCGCGGACUCCCUGACUCUGGUUCCUCCUGUUGACCCGCAAAGUAUUCAUUGGAUCAGUUGUAUGUUACAGGCUCACACCGAGUCAGAGACGGCCAAUGAGAUGGAUGAUGGCCCUAUUGUGCUUCCAGACACUGAGCAAGCAGGAAUAAUGGAGACAAAAUAAUAUAUAUUUUAUUAAGUUAUUGAAAGCCAUUCUAGUGACUUGAGCUAAACAUUCAACUACCAUUUGCAGCUCUUUUUCUUUUGGACCGAGGAACUGGUUCUUUUUAGCACUGUCCCAUUGUUGUAAAGUAAGGUUUUCUAUAGACAUUCAGAAGAAAUAGCCAUGUACAGACGUUACCAGCCAGUUGAUGUCCCCGGAAGAACUGUCAUUUGCUGCUUUUCACCCUUCUGCUUUCUAACCAGAUGUGGGAAAUAUCAUACUGAAUUUAAAGCCACUGGAAUGAUUGUGAUGAUUACAACUUUUUGUGUUGAUUUUUUGUUAGAUUUGUGGUAUUUGUCCCUUUUAUUUGUCCAGUUUUUAAGUGCUGGACAAACACAUAAUCCUUGCACACCAAGAGAGUCUUUGCACUGACUGUCACCUGACCAUGUUGUUAGCAUUUUCAUUGUGUUCAAUUUCAAUGUUUUCAUCUGAUCUUAGCUGGAGGCUUUUAAUGGCUUUUCCAUUUGUUUUAUAAAUGGUGUUACUGUUGGUGAAUGUAUCAGUAUAGACCAGUGUUUCUCAAACUUGUUCAAUCCCAACUUGAAGAUCCAACAUUUGUGCAGGAGACCUGCUUAAAGGAGAACUAAACCCUAAAACGAAUAGGGCUAAAAAUGCCAUGUUUUAUAUACUGAUAUUGCACCAGCUUAAAGAUUCAACAUCUCAAUAGCAGCAAUGAU